UUUAUGCCACGGGUACAUAUCAGCGCCCAAUGGGGACAUCUAUCUUCAAUACGAUGUCCCAACCAUGUUUUAGCGGAUGUCUACGUGAGGUAACCGAUGCACUCAAUGCUCGGGAAGUACUCACUAAGUACAUAAAGUUUCCUGCAUCCCAAAGGGAAAGGGAAAUAAUUAUGCAAAACUUUAUGGAAAAGUUUGGGUUCCCGGGCAUUAUAGGUUGCAUUGAUGGAACUCACGUAGCCCUAGUACGGCCGAUAGAACAUGAAGAGUCAUUCCUCAACAGGAAAUUUUAUCAUUCCUUGAAUGUAAUGAUAAUUUGUGACGCCAAUCUAAGCAUUCUGCAUGUAGAUGCGUCAUUUGGUGGCGCAUCUCAUGAUUCCUUUGUAUGGAAUAACAGUAUGGUCAAAACCAUAAUGGAAGGCUUGACGAAUGAGCGGUGCUGGUUAUUAGGUGAUUCUGGGUAUGCACAGCGUCCAUGGAUGAUGACACCCAUCUUGGACGCUGCUGCUGGAUCCCCAGAAGAACACUACACCAAACUUCAUUGUCGAGUCAGAAACAGCGUGGAGCGCUGUAUUGGUGUGUUGAAAGCACGUUGGCGGUGUUUAUUUUAGCCACAGUUGGCGGUGUUUAUUUUAGCCACAGUUG